AUGAACUUAUUAAGUUCCGUGAUAUCUUCUACUGUUCCAAAAUGCGGAUAUUCUUACACUGGCCUAAAAACUUUAGAUUAUGUGGAGGUUACACAUAAAACUCUGCCAAAAGAAGACAAUACAAUUACAGUAAAAGGUCCUUUAGACAUAAGCCCAGUCACUGGAAGAUUAGUAAGAAUUUACACCACACCGAAAAAUGCCAUGCAAUCUGGUACAGACAAUGUUGGAUGCUGGGAAUUGGAAUUUGAAACAAGACCCAGAUGGGAAAAUCCAUUGAUGGGUUGGUCUUCCACAGGUGAUCCACUUUCGAAUAUGAAACUUAGUUUUCCCGACAAAGAAUCAGCUAUUAGGUAUGCGGAAAAAAAUAAAUAUAAAUGGUAUUUAGACAGUGAAAAGAAAACUAAACCAAAAGUAAAAUCAUAUGGUUUCAAUUUUUCUUGGAAUAAAAGAUCAAGAGUAACAACAAAAUAA